UUUGUGCAUAGUGCACCUACUGUUUUACAUUACAGUGAUGUCAAUGAAACUGCUGCAUGUUGCACCUUAUUUGAUGUAAAUAUUUUGGAUCUACUUUUCUUUAUGGAAAGUGUCAUGCCGAGAGCUCUGAGGGGUUAUCAUGUUACUCCCGGAUGUCACGGCCUGGUGUGGCUGACGGCAUUGGUUGUUGUAAAAUAUCUAACAUUGACGUGUCACCUCCCAGUUGGCAUCUCCUGAUCGUGAUGCUGCAAGUACUACUUUCAGGAGAGAGAGAGAGAGAGAGAGAGAGAGAGCGGCAGGAGCCACUACACUGGCCUUAUUCCCUAGGAAUGCCAUGUUAAUUAUUAUCUGAGGCCGUGAUCUAUUCAAGAAAACUGUAAUCCUAUUAUAGAAUGCCUAUUAUAUUCCGUAUGUUGCAAGCAAGGAAGUGAGCCACAUUCUACAGACACUUACUACAACGCACUUGAAGAGAUAUCAGUAACUUCAUUAUUCUAUAGAACUCUAUACCGCAAGAGUAGAAAAGUACAAUGACAAUGACGUGUACUACGCAACACGAACAACCUCACUCUAUCAGACGAUUAGUAUAAUAUUUACCGUAGUACGGUACUAGCGAUCGAGUGAGUUAGUGACUUUCGAGGAUCGUGCUUGUGAAUGACUGCUAUAGGUCUUCGACCGGUCGCCAUCUUGAAAUAUUUUGAAUUUGCAAAUUGUAUGAAAACAGAUAUGAACGAAAAAAAAAAAAAUGUCUACACCAUUUUGUUCCCGCCCAUCGCCACAUUUCAGCUUUAGGUGCAGUCAUGGUGCGUGCGCCGCCCCAGUGAACAUCCUGUGAGCAUGUCCAUCCAUGCGAAGCUACGCGGCCGCCCCGCCGCUGGCUGCUGCUGCUGCUGCUUCAGCAAGAUUAAUGUGGGCACUUUCCGCCUCUCCCACCGCCGCCGCCGCCAUGAAGUGAUGCCCCGCGUUCCUUGUUUUCCGGAACGGGCCGGUCUGGUGGGCGGCGCGAGGCUAGCCCGCUGAUCAGCCGGGAGUGUGGCGUCAGCACCCGCAGGGACUAGUAGUGCUGCGCUGCGACUCGUUACUGAGUGAACUCUUGCUGGUGCUGUGAGUGAAGACAACACCCGGCAAAAUGUAUGACGUGUUCGGCUCGAUACGCGGUCUACUAAAGAUCGACAGCGUUAGUAUCGACAACAAUAUAUUCCGGUUACACUACAAGGGCACCAUGUUCAUCCUGGUGGCCUUCAGCUUGCUCAUCACGCAGAAACAAUACUUCGGCGACCCCAUCGACUGCAUUGUGGAGGGCGUGAGGGCAGACAUCAUGGACACCUACUGCUGGAUCCACUCCACCUACACCAUCCCUGCUCUCACCGGGGCAGAGCUGGGCGUCGUGGUACCUCACCCGGGCAUCUCCAACCCUAACCUCCACGGGCAGGACAAUGAACACGAAACCAGGCACCACAAGUACUACCAGUGGGUCACGCUGUUCCUCUACCUGCAGGCCAUUAUGUUCUACGUGCCGCGCUACUUGUGGAAGAUCUGGGAGGGUGGCAAGGUGGAGAUGCUCGUGAUGCAGCUGAACACUCCCAUCCUGGACGAUGACGUGAAGAGAGAACGCAAGGCCAUGUUGGUGGAUUACUUCAGCCUCAACCUUCACAAUCAUAACUUCUACGCCUUCAGAUUCUUUGCCUGCGAGCUGCUCAACUUCAUCAACGUCAUUGGCCAGAUCUACUUCACUGACAAGUUCCUGGGCUAUGAGUUCACCACGUACGGAACUCGAGUCAUAGAAUUCAGCGAGCAGGAGUUAGGUACCCGCCACGACCCGAUGGACGAGGUGUUCCCUAAGGUGGCCAAGUGCACCUUCCACAAGUACGGAGCUUCGGGCUCCAUCGAGAGGCAUGACGGUCUGUGUGUCUUGCCGCUCAACAUCUUCAACGAAAAGAUCUACAUUUUCCUCUGGUUCUGGUUUAUCAUCGUGGCUGUGGUGUCCGGGGUGGGUCUGCUGUACCGCCUGGCCACUUUCACUCCCGCCUUCCGCCAGAUCUUGCUGAGGACUCGCUCCCGCCUCGCCUCCUCUGACAAUGUGGAGGCCAUCUCGCGCAAGUGCCAGAUCGGUGACUGGUUUGUGCUUUACCAGUUAGCCAAGAACAUGGACCCUCUGAUUUACAAAGAGUUCAUCACUGACCUGGCCAACAAGCUCCAAGGAAAGGGCCCGGUCUAAGCCUCGCCCUUCAUCACAAGUGCCACCAAUGGAACAGCACAAGUGAACGGUGUUGAGUUAUGCUGACCAUGACAACUAAGUGGACGGAAUAUGAUAAAACUCACUCUUAGGAUGCUAUUCAAAUUGGUUCUUUUUUAGUGUUAAUUUUAUUAUUAUUCUUGCUGUGGCUGCUGUUUGAUAAGUGUAUUUAUAUGGACCUUUGUUCCUACAUUAGGACACUUUUUUGUACUAAUGCUCGUUUUAAAGUUAUUCUCAGUAGAGCAGGGGUAAGGAAGUAAAAGAGGGAGUGAGGUGCUAGGUGAAUGGAGGGGCCAGUACACCAGUGGUAGGGGAGGGGAGGGACGCCAUGGGGUAAUGAUGCAUGGGGGUCAUACAAAUCUCAUAACAAAGAAAAGCAAGUAGUGUCGCUAAGGUCAACAAGAGUAGCGUAGCCAGUAGUGUGCGGGGGGUGGUACUGAACACACCUAACACUGGCCCUCUCCAUUCGCUGCAGUGGCGCGGGAAGGGUUGUCUUUAAUGACGGGAAGCAAGCAAAUCACACAGUGCGCCGUGUAACAACUGCUGGACGUCAGUGAGUCUUGUGCUCAAAACUUUUAUCUAUCUUCAAUUUAUUUUAUGUUUUCCAUCUGUUAUAGCUUAGGUGUGUUCAUGAUCCAUUUUUACCAGUCUUCCAGCAUGUAUAAACAAUGCAUUUCCACUAGUUUAGCCUCUGUCGUACCCUGCUGGGGAGUUCGUGUGGGCGGAAGCAUUAUCUGUAGCGUUUCUUCGGGUGUUACUGCCGCCACGAACCGAGGAGCACUGCGAGGUAUGGCACGAGGCUAGUUAAGUCAUCCGCUACUUGUAAUGAUGUGACUGAACCUUUGAUUGACUUAACGUUAGAAGCUGGAGGUAUUUUCUACUUAUUUUGGUAAGAGCAGCUUGUAAGUUUUGUGUAAGGAAGUAUUUCUGUACGACAUUGCUUGGACUAAGAGAAGAAAUUACUCACAGGAUGCAUGUAAAUUAUGUCCCUUUUUUUGUUUAGAUUGUUACUGUACGUGUCAUUUAUGUAAUGAGUGUUUGUCAGUUAAGGCAGUUAGUUGAUGUUGAUAAGCGUCGGUGCCUACGAACGCCAAGCCAAGGAGGGAAGGAAGGUGCUGCAGCUGUGAACACGUGUAUGAAUGAGUAAUAAAAAUGUAUAUUGUCA